AUUUGGUUAUACGAGUUGCUGUAAACGGACGAAAUCGCAAGGCUGGCUGUCGAACUGCGUUUGCACUCACUCGCCGCUUUCUCGCACGUUCAUUCUUCACAUCAAUCUACACAUCAUCGAGCACCUGGUCGGGCCACAGCAUAAUUAGCGGCCUAGAUGCAAGGUGCAGAGCCACAAUCUCAGCUAACUGUCCAGGACGCGAUCAACAACGCUCUCCGUGGCGCAACUAGAAGCCUACCGGAGAAAGUCGGAAGCACUCCAGGAGAGUCAAUUCUGACUUCGUCGAGAAGCCCUGACGCCCUGUCACCGCAAGGUUUACGGCCGAUAGCGGAUUCUUCCACCCCUAGAUCAAGACGGCCGACGAAGACGUCAUCGUGGACAAUCCUUUGAGCUAUUUGAGGCCUACCUCCUCACACCAGAAUUUACGCUAAUCACCCUGCAACAUCUCCAAUUCCAUCAAUCGGCCAGCCGCAACAGCUACCAUUUCACCGGCACCAAUGUGGUUGUCCGUAAUCAAUUAUGUGCUGUGUGCGACGGAUGCCUCUUCUCCGCAAUGGCUGACCGAUCUGGACCCCCUCUUCUUGUAUUUCAGCUUCCCUGUGGACACGUGGUACACGAUAAGUGUUUUGAGAACGCUUAUGGGGCCAAUUUUGGAGUCGACUGUACUAAGUGCAACAAAUCUGUCGACCUAGGGGGCAACGCAAGUAUACGCGCCAACACCGCGCGAUAAAUGCAUAUCGCCUUCCCUAUCUCAGAACCAUCAGAAAAUCGGACAACAAUGCCAGGCAAAGCUUCGAUUAUUCUUUCAAAGCUGGCGGCGUCAGC